UAUAAAUCAAGCGAUUCUUAACUAUAGCAUCAUAUAGCAAUAGACGUUACAACGUUGUUGCAGAAGGCGUUUAAACAGGUGCUACGCAGACACACCGUUGCGCGUUUGGUGAACUAGGAAUCAUUGGAGUGUGUAAACUGGUUGAACGAGCCGUAGCUGUGAGGAAGAGAGUACGUUUGUGUCGUUCAGGUGUUUACUCCAUCUUUUUUUUCUCUCGGUUUUUCUCAAAUUCAACAAUGAAGAUUUGGAUUGCACUUCUUCUUGCGACUUUCGCAGUGGGUGCAUCAGCUCAAUGCACAUGUGAGAGUUUUAAGUGGGCUACAUGUGAUGGCACCCCUUGUCAGUGUGGCGUUAUGGUGGGAACUGGUGAGCUGCAGAACCUGAACUGCUCUAAAUUGGUCCCCAAAUGCUUCCUGAUGAAGGCAGAGAUGUACCGUGCUAGGAAAGGCCUGUCCACUCGUACCGGAGGAAAGCCAGUCAAUACCGCCUUUGUGGACAACGAUGGCAUCUACGACCCAGACUGUGAGACCACUGGUGCCUUCCGGGCCAAGCAGUGCAAUAACACUAAGGAGUGUUGGUGUGUGAACAGUGCUGGCGUGCGCAGAACCGACAAGGGAGACGAGAGCCUUCGGUGUGAGAAGUUGGUGGAGACCUAUUGGGUUCGCCUGGAGCUCAAGCACAAGCCAGUGAACAACGCUGUGGAUGCUUCUAAGUUGCAGGCUGCCAUAGCAACUGCCAUCCAGAACCGUUACAGCUUUGACAAGACCUUAGUGAAGGAGGUGGAGUACGACUCUGAGGCUCGCCUGAUCGUUGUCGAUGUCAAGAAGGAGAAGGGAGACCGCAAGGCCGACCUGUCUCGUAUGGCUUACUACAUGGAGAAAGACGUUAAGGUGCUGCCACUGUUCAAGGACCAGGCUAAGUUUGAACCCAGUGUGGACGGUCAGAAGCUGGAGAUGGAGGAUAUCUUGGUGUACUAUGUAGAUGAGGAGGGCCCCACCUUCACCAUGAAGAGGCUGACCGGGGGAGUCAUCGCCGUCAUCGUGGUGGUCAUCCUGGCUGUGGUCGCCGGACUGCUGGUCCUCUACCUCGCGAGGAGGCGAGAGCGGGGGUACAGCAAAGCAGAGCCCAGAGAGAUGGAGGCCAUGUAGACAAAUAUUAACCACAGAGCUGGUUCUACGCUGAAAUAUUAACACCUUGUAUAGUGCCUUUUAUAUAACAUUCUGUUUGUAAUUGUGCUGUUUAAUACUGUUACUUGAGGGGUGCCGUUUUGUAAAUGAUUGGUCAAAUCUAUUUAGCACUAUUACUACUACCCAGCAUUUUUAUUUAUGAGCUGUUGAUUUAAACAACCUUUUGAUUUAAAUGAAGAUGUUUGAAUGCUGUAGAUCCCGCAAACUUGAUUCUGGACAUCGACGCCAGUUCCACUUCAAUAAUAAAAUGUUCCACACUAGUCAGGGACUUAUUUAGACCUGGGGCACCAGGUAGGUGCAAUUUUAGCAUCAGGUAGAACAGAACCGGCAGGUUGUACGGUUUCAUAUGAACUUUGUGUUUGGUUUUUUUUUUAAAUAAAGUAUGGAUUUUAAAAUUA